AUGGAUACCAAAACUUCGAUCUCGACGCACAAAUGGCAUAUCCCACGGCCGUCGUUGUCCGGUUGUAGCACGCCAGGCAGCAUAGAUGCGCGAUCGCGUGGCGGCUCCGCCUCGAGUCAAGGCUCUUCUAGUAAUCACAGCACACACAGUGCCUCAUCGGGCUCACUAUUAUUAAGUGCAGUACACUUGGCACACAUGGACGGCAAGAACACUGGCCAACAUGAGUACGGGCAUCAGAAUAAAUCAAUUGGAUUUGGACGGAAAGCGCAAAUGACCAGCACUGUGAUGGCCAUCCCAGAGGAAUCACGAGAAAUUACGGACAAGUUUUGGAACGACGUAAAGCGGGGAUCAUCAUCUGGGCAAGACGUCGCAUCUGUCGCUAGCUCAACUCACUUCACGGUAGUGAAUGGGUUCACGAAGCAACGAUCAGAGAAAGAGCCGAAGUCUUGUUGUUGUAAUCAUUCCCACCAGAUCACUGUACUAGUCAUAUCGAUGACUAUACUGCUCUCAGCAUGCAUCCUUGCGGCUAUUUGCUUUGUUGAAAUGAGAAUGCGUAAGGAGACCGGCAUCUACAGAUAUUCUUAA